AUGAAUGUAUUGAAAUUACAAAAGAAAUACACAAAUUUAGAGCAAAGUGAGUUAUUCGAAAUCAUUGAAGAUUUCAGAAAGAUUGAUUUGAACGAUGAAGGAUCAAUUGAGAAAAAAGAAGUAAUUAAUGCUGUUUCUAAAUCAGGUAAAUAUACUUACGAUGAAACAAGGGAGACCUUAAAAGAAGUUGAUGUUGAUGCGUCAGGAAAAGUUGAAUUAGAUGAUUACGUGCAAUUGAUGAGUAAAUUGAAAGAAGGUAAAUCCGUUAAUUUGGGUGUUCCUACAUCAUCAACUGGAGGAGGAAUUGGUGAUAUCCCAAAAUCUCCUAAAUCACCUAGAAAUGCCCCUGUUCCAACCGCCAACACCGCUCAUAAAACUUAUAUCUCAGGUAAGACUUCUGGUACAACUCAUACAAUCAAUGACGAAGAAAGAUCAGAAUUUACAAGACAUAUUAAUUCUGUUUUAGCAGGAGACCCUGAUAUUGGAAACAGAUUACCUUUCGAUACCGAAACUUUCCAAAUUUUUGAUGAAUGUAGGGACGGUUUAGUUUUAUCUAAAUUGAUCAAUGAUUCUGUCCCUGAUACAAUUGAUACUAGAGUUUUAAACUUGACCAGCCAAAAGAAGAAGACCCUUAAUAAUUUCCAAAUGAAUGAAAAUGCCAAUAUUGUUAUUAAUUCAGCCAAAGCUAUUGGUUGUGUUGUUGUCAAUGUUCACACUGAAGAUAUCAUUGAUGGUAAAGAACAUUUAAUCUUGGGAUUAAUCUGGCAAAUUAUUAGAAGAGGAUUAUUAUCUAAAGUUGAUAUUAAGUACCACCCUGAAUUAUACAGAUUAUUAGAAGACGACGAAACCUUAGAACAAUUCUUAAGAUUACCACCUGAACAAAUCUUAUUACGUUGGUUCAACUACCACUUGAAAAAUGCCAAACUGCAAAGAAGAGUUAACAAUUUCUCCGGUGAUAUCGUUGAUGGUGAAUGUUACACGAUAUUAUUGAAUCAAUUACAACCAGAAGUUUGUGAUUUGAAACCUUUGAAUAUUCAAGAUUCUUAUCAAAGAGCCGAAAAAAUUUUAGACUAUGCUGAUGCCAUUGGAUGUAGAAAGUAUUUAACUCCCACUUCAUUAGUUGCUGGUAAUCCAAAAUUAAAUUUAGCUUUCGUUGCUAACUUAUUUAAUACUUAUCCUGGAUUAGAUCCAAUUGAAGAAGACGAAAAGUUUGAAAUUGAAGAAUUCGAUGCCGAAGGUGAAAGAGAAGCCAGAGUCUUUACUUUAUGGUUAAACUCAUUAAAUGUCGACCCUCCAAUUAUUUCAUUAUUCGAAGACUUAAAAGACGGUUUGGUAUUAUUACAAGCUUUUGAUAAAGUCAUUCCAGGAUCUGUUUCCUUCAAACAUGUCAAUAAGAAAAUCAAUGAUAAGCCAAUCAUGAGAUUUAAAGCCUUGGAAAACACCAAUUAUGCUGUUGAAAUUGGUAAAGCUUCUAAAUUCUCCUUGGUUGGUAUCGAGGGUGGUGAUAUUGUUGAUGGUAAUAAAUUGUUAACCUUAGGAUUAGUUUGGCAAUUGAUGAGAAGGAACAUUGUCAACACUUUAUCAAACUUGAACAAUGGUUCUAAUUUAUCCGAUAACGAUAUUUUGAAAUGGGCUAACGCUCAGGCUGCUAAAGGUGGUAAAGCUUCCAACAUCAGAUCAUUUGGGGACCACAGUUUAUCAUCCGGGGUUUUCUUGUUGGAUGUUUUACAUGGAAUUAAACCUGGUUAUGUCGAUUAUGAUUUGGUUUACCAAGGCACCAACUUGUCAGAUGAUGAAAAAUACGCCAAUGCUAAAUUGGCCAUUUCCAUUGCUAGAAAAUUAGGCGCUUUGAUUUGGUUAGUUCCAGAAGAUAUCAAUGAAGUCAGAAGUAGAUUGAUCUUAUCAUUUGUUGGAUCUUUGAUGGCAGUUGAAAAUUAA